AUGGAAGGAGGAUGGUCUUGGGGGUGGGGCAAGAGGACGAGGAGGCUGUCCAGGCUGAGGCAGGUGGCUAUGGUUGUCGGGCUGGUUGGUCACCUUGGCGAAUCUUAUGACGAAUGGGUACACCAGCCUAUUGUUAGUAACGAAGGCCCUCGUUUCUUCGAAAGUGAUUUUUGGGAGUUUCUAACCCUAACUGUGUGGUGGGCUAUUCCAACUAUCUGGCUUCCAGUUGUGUGUUGGUGCAUCUCCAUGUCUAUACGGAUGGGUCACACUCUUUCUGAGAUUGGACUACUGUUUAGUAAUGUAUGGUUGUACCAAUGUAUAGUCUUUAUUCUUCUCAAAAAAAAAAAAAAGUAUAAUCUUUAUAGGGGUAACACUAUCCAUUAUCUUAUUCAUGGCUUUCAUCAUAAGCACCCUAUGGAUGGCUUGCGUCUUGUUUUCCCUCCUGCUGCAACAGCAAUCCUAUGUUUUCCGUUUUGGAAUUUGGUCAGGAUCUUUGCAACACCAUCCACUACCCCCGCCAUUUUUGGAGGUAGCUUAUUCGGAUAUGUAAUGUAUGAUAUCACUCACUACUAUCUACAUCACGGGAAGCCAUCUAAUGACGUAUCAAAACAUCUAAAGAGAUACCACUUGAAUCAUCACUUCUGCAUUCAAGACAAGGGCUUUGGCGUAACGUCGUCAAUGUGGGAUAAAGUGUUUGGAACACUACCGCCUCAAAAAACCACUCAGGAUUGUAAAUAAAAAAAUAUGAUCACUCGUACCAUUGUUCUUCCAUCUUCUUCACCCUGAUCUAGU